ACAGGACGCGAGGGUGACACUGGAAAGCAUCUUUCCCAGCAAGAGUUGUCCCUGCCUUCUAAAGACAUGGGCUCCAACAGAGGACUGACAAUCACCCUGACACAUGGAAGUGAGAAGCACAAACUGCAGGUGGUGACCCAAGAAGAAAAUGAUGACCCGACUCUUCAAGAUUUGGCUACGAUAGUGGAGAAAGUCACUGGUGUACCACUUGCCUCACAGAGACUCAUUUACAAAGGAAAAUCCCUUAAGGAAAUGGAACAGACUUUAUUAGCCCUUGGUGUACAAAAUGGUUGUAAAAUAAUGCUGAUUGGGAAGAAGAACUGCCCAGAAGAGGAGUCGGAGUUAAAGAAACUAAAAGAUUUGGAAAAAUCAGUGGAACAAUUGGCUGGUAAACUGGAAGAUGUGAACAAAGAGUUUUCAGGAAUUCAGAAGGGUUUUCUUAGUAAGAAUCUUCAAGCAGAAGCACUUGGUAAACUUGAAAAACGAUUAAAGACAACAGUCGAACAAUUUAUGAAGGUACUGGAACAGAUUGAUUCUAUGGUAAUGCCAGAUAAUUUUAAUGACUGUAGAAUGAAGAGGAAGACAUUAGUGAAAAAAGUGCAGGGAUUCCUUGCUCAAUGUGACACAAUGGAAGGAAACAUCAGUCAAGAAAUUGACAAGCUUCACUCUAAGAAUUUGGCUCUGGCAAAGUAAAGGUUCAUAUACAACAUGUUGAUGUUGAGUGUUGAUGGAGUAAAAUGGUUGCUCUAUGAGCAAGUGUAUAUACAAAGGGGAUUUUUGCUCUCUGUCUUGGAGGAGUACAUAUACUGUAUAUAUAGCUAUUUUGUUCAUAUUAAUGAAUUGCUGUGUUUUGCCUGCAUAAGCUCUGCUGCUAUAUUCGGUGUGUGAAAACACAAGAAAAUAGGUAAAACUGUCAUGUACUGCAUAUAAGAUCACUGAUCAGGCAACAUCUCUUUAGUUAAUAACAUGUUUCUUUUU